CAGGCCUGUGUCUCUUUACAGCAAUUGUGUGCUGGAAAUAUGGCUACGGACUGGCUCGGGAGCAUUGUGUCAAUUAAUUGUGGAGAAAGCUUGGGAGUCUACCAAGGACGAGUGUCUGCUGUGGAUCAGGUCAGCCAGACCAUCUCCCUCACGCGGCCCUUCCAUAAUGGGGUCAAGUGCCUCGUGCCAGAAGUCACCUUCAGGGCAGGUGAUAUUACUGAGCUGAAAAUUCUGGAGAUCCCAGGGCCGGGGGACAGCAGACAAUGUGGGGACCUGCAGCAGACAGAAAUGGGCAUCCCUGGUGUUGGAUGUCAAGUGGGUCCCAGUCAGAAUGGCACUGGGAAAGUGUUAAAGAAGCCCAUCUCCAGCAGCGCCCCGCAGAAUAUCCCGAGGAGAACGGACAUGAAGAAUCAGGAUAUUAUCAUCUCUCCACAGCAGCAGUGCUCCAAGAGCUACAUGGAUCGACAUGUGGAAACAUUGCCUCAAUCCAAAGGCUUCCGUCGUAGACACAAUUCCUGGUCAUCCAGUAGCCGUCAUCCGAACCAAGUGACUCCAAAGAAGAGUGGCCUGAAAAACGGGCAGAUGAAGAGCAAAGAUGAUGAGUGCUUUGGAGAUGACAUUGAUGAAAUCCCAGACACAGAUUUUGAUUUUGAAGGGAACCUGGCCCUUUUUGACAAGGCGGCUGUGUUUGAAGAGAUUGAAACUUAUGAGAGGAGGAGCGGCACUCGUUCCCGGGGGACCCCAAAUGAGAAACCAGCUCGCUAUCGGCACGACGAGAACAUCUUGGAAUCGGAGCCCAUAGUCUACAGAAGGAUUGUCGUACCCCAGAACGCUAACAAAGAAUUCUGCACGGACUCCGGGCUGGUCGUUCCAAGCGUGUCUUACGAGCUUCACAAAAAGCUGCUCUCGGUCGCUGAGAAGCACGGGCUGACUCUGGAGCGGAGGCUGGAGAUGACGGGAGUGUGUGCGAGUCAGAUGGCCCUGAGCCUCCUUGGGGGACCCAACAGGCUGAACCCGAAGAACGUGCAUCAGCGGCCCACGGUAGCCCUGCUGUGCGGCCCGCACGUGAAGGGGGCCCAAGGGAUCAGCUGCGGACGGCACCUCUCCAACCACGAUGUCCACGUCAUCCUUUUCCUACCCAACUUUGUCAAGAUGCUGGAAUCCAUCACCAAUGAGCUGAACCUUUUCAGCAAGACGCAAGGCCAGCAGGUGUCCAGUGUCAAAGAUCUCCCAGAUACCCCUGUUGACCUAGUGAUCAACUGCCUGGAUUGUCAUGAAAAUGCCUUCUUGAGAGAUCAGCCGUGGUACAAAGCAGUUGUGGACUGGGCCAACCAGAAUCGGGCACCUGUCCUCAGCAUAGACCCUCCGAUAAACGAAAUGGAGCAGGGCAUCGACGCCAAGUGGUCGCUGGCCUUGGGCCUGCCCCUGCCCCUGGGCGAGAGGGCAGGGCGCGUGUACCUCUGUGACAUUGGCAUUCCCCAGAAGGUCUUUCAAGAAGUGGGAAUAAACUACCACUCGCCCUUUGGCUGCAAAUUUGUCAUCCCCCUGCACUCUACUUAGAGCCCAUCCAGCCACAUGGCUCUGAAGGGAGAGAGAAGAGAGGAGGAGGAGGUCUGUCAAAUAAGCUGUCCAGUGGAUCCCGACUAGUAAACUCAUGACGCCUUAAGGAUGUGAAGUUCUGGAGAGUUUUCCUUCCAGAAAAAACAUUGUGUAUUUAAAGAAAAAAAAAAAAGAAUAAUCAUAAAAUGAAACAAAAAAAAGAAGGAAGCGAAUGUUCCUGCGAAGCUGUUCUCAUUCUCUUGUGCCAUUGUAUGAAGCAACACGCAGGAAGAUGGUGUCUGUCCCCAGCAAAGGUGGCCACUGUUGUUCAGGCCCGGCCGGGAGGCUGUUUAAUGAGGGGGUGUACGUGGAGGUGGUACAAGUGACGAGCGGUUUGGAAAUUUGAGAUGUGUUUCUCAGUCCUUCUGGGCGGAUAGACCCAGCGAGGGCGCCCUGGUGGGAACAGCACCCCUUGAUUGUGUAGAAAUACCUCCUGUUGCAGUCGUACCGGGAGGGAGGAUUUGGUUUUAUUCCGUUGUUCUUUCUGACUCCCUUCUCCCCUGUUUUACGUUCCUGAAGGCAGUUGUAGCUCGUUCUCCCUCCUGGACCCUCCAGCCCCUCAAAGAGAGCAUUCCCUCUUCGGAAAGCUCGCAUCAAGAGCCAGAAGCUCUCGGGUUGCACAUGCUCUGGGAACACAGAUUUCCUCAGCUAGGCCUUACUUAUAUACUCUGUUGGUUUUUUGUUUGUU